AUGAAGAAAAGUUUAAUUAACAGUGUGGCGAAAUAUUCUGUAAUUUAUGACGUAGGGCAUGAAGAAUACAGAAAUCUUUCAGUGAAAGAUUACGUCUGGAAAGCUAUAGCACAAGAGUUAAAUAAAACAAGUGAUGACUGUAAGAAGAAGUGGAAAUUUUUAAGGGACGGUUACCAGAGGUUCAAGAAGGAAAGAAAAUUAGGAACGGGCUCUGCUGCCACAAAAAAUUCUAAAACAAAGAGACACAAACAGCUAUCGUUCCUUGACAGUGUUGCACAACACAGAUCUGGAGGAACAAAUAUUACAUUGACAUCAUCACAGACAAUAAUACAAGAAAGCCAAGAAGACAGUGGAGAUCAAACUCGUCAACUGGACAUUUCGGCAUCACAGGAAGAAGAUACGGCAGAAACACAUACAAUAGGAAAUAGUGGUGAAACAUCUGUGAUAGCAUCUUGA